GCGGCCGCGCUGCCCGCAGAAGCAGCAGCAGCAGCGGGCAACAGAAGCAGCUGCUGCUCCUCCCAGGCGGCUCCCCCCCGCGGGUCCCUCCCUGGCUGCAGGAGAAACAGAGGUAGAGAGAGGACACAGCACCGCUCUGCCUGCUCCGGAGUCCUUCGCCUCGCCCUGCCGGCUCCUCACCCUCAAGAGGAACAUGGCAGAUAAUCUCAGUGAUACCUUGAAGAAGCUGAAGAUAACAGCUGUUGACAGAACUGAGGAUAGUUUAGAAGGAUGCUUGGAUUGUCUGCUUCAAGCCCUGGCUCAAAAUAAUAUGGAGACAAGUGAAAAAAUCCAAGGAAGCGGAAUACUUCAACUGUUUGCAAGUCUGUUGAUUCCACAGUCUUCCUGCACAGCCAAAAUAGCUAACAUCAUAGCAGAAGUAGCCAAAAAUGAAUUUAUGCGAAUUCCAUGUGUGGAUGCUGGAUUGAUUUCACCACUGGUGCAACUACUAAAUAGCAAAGACCAGGAAGUGCUGCUUCAAACGGGCAGGGCACUAGGAAACAUAUGUUACGAUAGCCAUGAGGGCAGAAGUGCAGUUGACCAAGCAGGUGGUGCACAGAUUGUAAUUGACCAUUUAAGGUCACUGUGCAGUAUAACAGAACCCGCCAAUGAGAAGCUCUUGACUGUCUUUUGUGGCAUGCUGAUGAACUAUAGCAAUGAGAAUGAUUCCCUUCAAGCUCAGCUUAUAAAUAUGGGUGUAAUUCCUACCUUAGUGAAAUUACUGGGCAUCCACUGCCAAAAUGCAGCUCUUACAGAAAUGUGUCUUGUUGCAUUCGGCAAUUUAGCAGAACUUGAGUCCAGUAAAGAACAGUUUGCCAGUACAAACAUUGCUGAAGAGUUGGUAAAACUCUUCAAAAAACAAAUAGAACAUGAUAAGAGGGAAAUGAUUUUUGAAGUUCUUGCUCCAUUAGCAGAAAAUGAUGCUAUUAAACUACAGCUGGUUGAAGCAGGCUUGGUAGAAUGUCUACUAGAGAUCGUUCAACAGAAAGUGGAUAGUGACAAAGAGGAUGAUAUUGCUGAGCUCAAAACUGCUUCAGAUCUAAUGGUUUUAUUACUUCUUGGAGAUGAAUCCAUGCAAAAAUUAUUUGAAGGAGGAAAAGGUAAUGUGUUUCAAAGGGUGCUGUCCUGGAUUCCAUCAAAUAACCACCAGCUACAGCUCGCUGGAGCAUUGGCAAUUGCAAAUUUUGCAAGAAAUGAUGGAAAUUGUAUCCAUAUGGUAGACAAUGGAAUUGUAGAAAAACUUACGGAUUUACUGGACAGACAUGUAGAAGAUGGAAAUGUAACAGUACAGCAUGCAGCACUAAGUGCCCUCAGAAACCUGGCCAUUCCAGUUGUAAAUAAAGCAAAGAUGUUAUCAGCUGGGGUCACAGAGGCAGUUUUGAAAUUCCUUAAAUCCGAAAUGCCCCCAGUUCAGUUCAAACUUCUGGGGACGUUAAGAAUGUUAAUAGAUGCACAAGCAGAAGCUGCUGAACAACUGGGAAAGAAUGUUAAGUUAGUGGAGCGUUUGGUUGAAUGGUGUGAAGCCAAAGAUCAUGCUGGUGUGAUGGGGGAGUCAAACAGACUGCUCUCUGCCCUUAUACGACACAGUAAAUCAAAAGAUGUAAUUAAGACCAUUGUACAGAGUGGUGGCAUCAAGCACCUAGUUACCAUGGCAACUAGUGAACAUGUAAUAAUGCAGAAUGAAGCCCUUGUUGCUUUGGCACUAAUAGCAGCUUUAGAAUUGGGCACUGCUGAGAAAGAUAUAGAAAGUGCUAAACUUGUACAAAUUUUACACAAACUGCUAGCAGAUGAGAGAAGUGCUCCUGAAAUCAAAUAUAAUUCUAUGGUCCUGAUCUGUGCUCUCAUGGGAUCCGAAUCUUUACAUAAGGAAGUACGGGAUUUGGCCUUUCUAGAUGUUGUGUCCAAACUUCGCAGUCAUGAAAACAAAAGUGUUGCCCAACAGGCCUCUCUCACAGAGCAGAGACUUACUGUGGAAAGCUGAGAACUGCCGCUCCCUGAAACAUGGCAUCAUCCCUUCUCUGGUUUCCCCUUUGUCCUCCAUCCAGCUGCCUCUUCUGCUUCUUUCUCACCCAUAUCACUUGUGCAUGCGUGUAAUGUUUCAAUACCAAUUGAAGAACUCUGUAUGUACCUGCCCAAUAAGAUUUCUAAACCCAUAAUUAGUGUGAACAUGAAAUUGUCCAAAACAAGUCUCCAUCCAUAACUGUUCUCCUAUAUUCCUGUUGCUUGAACUACGUUAAGUAGAAUGUGCAUGUUGUAGUCCUAUGAUGAUGUAAACUUGGUACUACAUAAUGACUUGCUCCUCACACUUGGUAAUCUACAUAAUAAUGUACUGGUAAAUUAGAAACAAACAAGAAUGCAGCAGGAUUUGUCUAGCUUAUUAAAGAUGAUACUGAAUAGUAAAAACAGCUCCAUUUUUUGGUGCUUGGUAAGCACAAUGACCAAAAACUACAUGGCUGUUCAUUCAUUAGUCUUACCUACUAAGAUCAAACCUGUGGUCCCUAGAGUUAAAUGAAAUCCAAUGCUCUCCCUCUUCACCCUAUGGUUUCUCCUUCCUUAAUAGGUAGACUCUUGAAACUGCCACAAACUUGGCAGAACUUCCUGAGGUUUUAAUUUCAUGUUUAACUGGCUGUCAUCAGUAGCCUGAUGUUGAAAACAUUUGUAGUUUUCAGCAUGAAACCAAGGGGUUGAAGAAUCUCGAUUACACUAAUACAUCUUGGCUUUUGGGCUAUAUUUUAGAUGAUUAAAUAUGUACAGUUUCACCUCAGAACUUUUUCCAUCAAUUAAUCAGCAUCAUCUAACACUUGUCUAAAAGUCACAUUGACAUUGUUUUCAACUAAGGAAAUUGAGUAUAAUUCAUUGGAGACUGGACUUUUUUUCUUAUUUUUCAUCAUUCAGCUCAAAAGCAAGAGGUUUCCUCUCAUAGUCCUUUUAAAUCUUGUAUUAGAAUUAGCAGGGUAUAGGGAAAUAAAUAAGAAAUAGCUUUGUCUAGACUGAAGAAAGGAAGCAGGUUAUAAAGCCAUAGUAGCCAGUCCAGUUUAUUCUGCAGAUGGCUUCAUACCAGGAGCUGUUAGAGUUUCCCACCUCCACUUUCCACAGAAAACUACAGUAGAUCUUAAAGGCUAUCAGAAAAGGGCACAGCACCAGGAUGCGAGAGAUGAGAAGACCUCCUUGGCAGAAUAUAGUGUACUCUUCACUGCCACUACCACCACCAAAUGGAUUUUUAGAGCUUUGAAACCCAAUCUUUGUAAAUUAAUCAAAACAUCCCUGUGACAUACCUGCCUUCUCCCCAUGCCCAAGCUUGACAAAUACGGGCUGAAAGGUAGAAUGAGCUCCAGUGUGGAAGAACUGCAGGGCGGCGGGGUGGGCGGCCAGGGGCACAGCAGCUCCUUCCUCCCCGCCAUGAGGUUGUGUACAUCUCUAGGGUGAUCGAAGUUGGACUUCUGACUCCGAACAGCUAUAAUUCAAGAAAGUUAAAACCCCAAUGGAGGUAAAGAACCCUUUGACUUACUAUUCCCUUUGAUGUCCAAGAAAAGGACUGUGAUAUGCUACACUUACUGUAAGAAUGAUUUUGUUUAUGGUCUCCUGGGCUGGAUCAUGGACUAUAUUUUAUUAUAGUUUUGAAAGACAUCUGUAAUGUUGCAUAAUAGACUGUCCAUAUUUAAAACUAAAUAAAUAAAUUGUAUAUCAAACUGUA